CAGUGGUCGCUCUGAGGAAUUUCCUCCUCGUUCAGCCAAUCACCGUAGUUAUUUUUACACGCCGCUUUCGUGAUUGGCUGAGAGAAGGUGUAGCUCUUCAGAGCGCCAGAAAACAAGCUUUAGCGGGGGAUUCAUAGUCGCCUGACCAGCAGAACGACUGAAUAAGAAGAUUACUUGCUCAGAUCUUCUGAUUUAGAGAGAAAAUUAUGUUCAGAUAAGGAGGAACAAGAAGGAUCAUCUUUGCGAAGGAUUUAUUUACGUUUUUAGGAUUUUUUUUAUCCCAAGAACGGAGUUUAAGAUGGAGAUGAAGUGUUUAACUUUAAAGGAUUUGCGUAGUGUGAGGACACUAGUGAAUAAGACAAGCUCAGAUGAUCCUGUCAGCUUGAAUGACCAUAAAGAGAACAUCUGCACGGACAGAAGGAAAACGACCCCGCUGAAGUGUGAGUCUGUGACGGCAGCUGUGAGUGGACAUAGAAGAGUUUCCAGCCCAGAUAUCAUCCAUAUAACCCCUAUUAAACACACUGAGAGGGCCCACCCGGACCCGUGGACCCCGACAGCCAACCUGAAAAUGCUGAUCAGUGCCGCCAGCCCAGAUAUCCGCGACAGAGAGAUGAAGAAAACCCUCUUUAGACCCAUUGAAAAUGAAGAGAAAGCUGUAGAGGAGGAGGAGGAUGAGGAAGAACUCGAUGACUCGUGUCAGUAUGAAGCUUUAGACGAUUCUGAGAGGAGACCCAGUCGCAAACAGAAGAGUUUGGGUCUUUUGUGUCAGAAAUUUCUGGCCUUGUACCCAGAUUACCCUGAAACCUCAGCGAGCAUCAACAUCUCUCUGGAUGAGGUGGCCUAUCGCUUGGGUGUUGAGAGGCGACGUAUCUACGACAUCGUGAAUGUGCUGGAGUCUCUGAUGCUGGUGAGCCGAAUGGCUAAGAACAUGUACGUGUGGCACGGGCGCCCGAGGCUACCACAGACCCUGCAGGAACUCCAUCGGGCGGGACGAGAGCAGGGCUACCAUCUGCAGAUGGACCCGAGAGAAGGAAGCAGCCCGUAUGGCGCCCAUCACAUGCAAAACACACACGCGGCUUCCAGCAGACGGAAGGAUAAAUCGCUUCGCAUCAUGAGCCAGAAGUUUGUCAUGCUGUUCCUGGUGUCCAAAACACAGACCGUUACACUCGAUACAGCUGCUAAGAUCUUGAUCGAGGAGGGUCAGGAUGAGUCCAGCCACAGCAAGUAUAAAACUAAGGUACGACGCUUGUAUGAUAUCGCUAAUGUCCUGACCAGCCUGAAUCUGAUCAAGAAACUUCACGUGAGAGAAGAAAAGAGCCGUAAACCCGUCUUCAAAUGGAUCGGACCUGCCGAUUUUCACAGCAGUGAUUCAGAUGAUUUGAGGGUCUCAGAAGCUCAGAUCAGUGCCUCCGUCACGGGCACCGGGGAACGACGGGAGAAAAUGACACGUCACUCCUCCUUUCAGGUCAUCCCAGCCCCUCCUGUCAAUCAAAGACGGAUAAGCUCCGCCCCCAGCACACCUCAGAGACAUUCUACAGACGAGCCGGUGGAUUACUCCAGGAAGAGUGUGAACAGCACUGCAGUGUGUCAACUGCAGUUUGGAGACAGUGUUCAGGCCAGUGGAAGCGCUGUAGGACCAGCAGUGCCUCUUCAGGCGGACGUCCCGUUUGCGUCACUGCCCUUUUCAGCCCAGUUCGCGCCUCACCAGUUAGCGUACCUGUCCGGUCUGCCGCAAACACCCGUGUUCAUGGUGUACAGCGGACACGUCCCCGAGGGCAUCAACCAGAGGUCGCCCGUCUCAGGCCACAGGGAGGGACAUCCAAAGAAGAGAGAGAGACAGGAGGAAGAGGAGGAUGAUCAGGCAGCUAAACGAAGCAAACGCUCUGUGUCCAUAGAAAGUGAAACGGGCGAGACUGAGAGUUCGCGCUCUAGUGCCAGAAGGUCUCCGAUCUGCUCUCGGGAAGGUUCCCCGUGGGACGAGGCCUCGUUUGGGCCAAUGAAUGAGGAAGAUGCCGGAACAUCCAGUCCCAAAGAUGCCCUCAUGUCCUCUCAUUACCUCUAUGUCCCAAACACAGCAGGUCUGAACGGUUUGAACUUCCUCAUGCCAGCAGGACAUACACAAGGAGGUGUGCCAGCUGUAGCUAUGCCAUAUUUUUUGGUGCCUUCACCGCUCAUAACAGGUGCGAUGCCCGCUUCCAGUGCUGAGGGGGUUGCCAGCAGUGGUUUGAGUUUCAGCAUGCCCACCAUGUUGUCACCAGCCCAGUUUGUGAUGGCAGGAGGGGCAUUUAAUGUGGCUGAAAAGCUGAACACCCCUGAGCAUCAUGGGCACCGAAUACCAGUGGCCACAUUCUCACCGCAGGGACCACGAGUACAAGAGAGCCCUCAGCCAGCACAAACACAGACUCCUGUGACACCAAAGGAAGCAGCGCUGGGGUCCAAAUCUUUCUUUGAGACACCUGGAGCUUUUGGGUCUCUCACCGGCCAACCAGCGGCACGCAAACGAGGCUCCGCCCAGAGGAGGCUGGACAUCGGACACACCGCAGCCAAUUAAACUAGCCGCUGCAUUUGUGUCAUUGGUUUUCAGGCUUCUGUGGUGCUACAGUGCCAAAGACA